CAGGUGUGUGCUCAUUUGCAAAAGGAGACGGAGUAAAAGGCAGGUCGGUGACCGAAAAACACACGCGCUCUCUCCCUCUCUCUCGUCUUCUUCCUCCUCCUCUGCCUCCCACUUCAUCUCCCAAACCCUAACCCUAAUCUCCCCCAAUUCCAACCCAAAAUCAUGCGUCAAGGAAGCGAUUACAGCUCCCAAUACUACCCCUACCACCAUCCAACCCCUCUCCCGAGCCCUAACCCUAAUCCUCCCUCAAACCCCACCGAAUUCGCCCCUUCCAAUCUGAUCCAGCCUCCCUUCGCUUCCGCCCCUCCUUAUUCCCAGCAUCCCCCAUCGGAGUUCCCCUCCUCUACUUAUUCCUCUUAUCCCCAGAAUCCCGAUCCUGUCCCCAAUCUCCCCCCUUCAGCUCCCUCUUACGCUCAACCCCAAUUCCCCCAAUCUCAGCCCUCUUUCAAUCCUCAGGAACCGGCGCCAGCGCCUUACCCCCAUCUUCAGCAGCCCCACCAGCCCGCCUCAGGCUACGCCCCGCUGCCAAACCCUAACCCUAAUCCACCGUCGUACCCUCCAUAUGAGAACCCUUAUGGGAAUCCUGCGAGGUUUGAUCAGGGUAGUGGCUAUCUCAAUGAUAGUUCUACCGCUAGGUACGGGUUUGUCCCUGAGACUGGUGGCGAUGGGUUUGGGGAUGGGGUUUAUGCUUACAGUGGGGGGAAGGAGGAGCCUUAUGGUGCUAGAGGGACCGGAGGGUUUAGUAGGUUGUCUUCUUCUUCGUCGGGUUCUGGGUUGAGGUUUGACGACUAUGGGAGGUCUCUUGGAUCCGGGCCCACGUCUGGUGCGAAGGAACAGGCGAAGAUUGUGAGGGCGGUGCCGAAGAUGGAUAGUCAGCAGGAUGUGAAGCAUGGGGUGCAGAAGUUCAGGGUGAAGCUGCUGCCUGAAGGGACAAGCAUUACUACCACAGACGUCCUCUGCCAGAUUGGUUUGGAUGGAAUUCGCAUGCUUGAUCCAAGCACUAACAGAACAUUGAGAAUCUAUCCCCUUGAGAAUGUCACUAGAUGGGAGGUACUUGAUUCAAACAUCUUUGCCUUUUGGUCUAAGAGUCCUGUAGAUUUUGAACCAAGGCGCAUAAGACUCCAAUCCAGCAGCUACACAACUAGUACUAUACUCGAUACAGUGACUGCUGCAACUGUUCAGCUUAAGGAGAUGGGUGGAAACGAUAGUCUUGUUAGAAGCAGUACAGAUGCUAGCAAGCCCCCUGAGCAGACAGCUGACAAGAAGAAAGGUUUGGCUGAUUGGAUGAAUUUUGUAAAACCUGGCAAUGAGGAGAAAGACCAUUGGGUUCCAGAUGAAGCGGUCUCCAAAUGCACAUCAUGUGCAGCAGAUUUUGGAGCUUUCGUGCGUAAGCAUCAUUGCAGGAAUUGUGGUGAUAUCUUCUGCGACAAAUGUACCCAGGGUAGAAUUGCUCUUACUGCAGAUGAACAGGCUCAACCAGUUCGCGUCUGUGACAGAUGCAUGGCAGAAGUGUCACAGAGGUUGAGCAAUGCGAAGGAGACUGCCAAUAAAUCUAUUGCAAUUCACAGCCAUGAGGACCUUGCUAAGAAGCUUCAGGAGGAAAUGGAAAGAAAUCGCAAAUCAUCAUCAGGAUCAAAGACUUCAGAUGGACCUGGGAGAAGAAUGAGGGAAGUUGCAUGUCCCAUCUGUACCGUCCAUCUACAGGUACAAGUCCCUGCAUCAGGUUCUGAAACAAUAGAAUGUGGAGUUUGCCAGCAUCCGUUCCUUGUCAGUUCCCAUUGAUUUUCAUAUCACAGCAUAUCAUGAUUCCACAAAUCUUCAGUGAUGCUAUCAAAUAAUUAGGCAGGAGAAAUUGUGUCCCUCAUUGUAUGUUUUUAUUGUAUAAAUUAUAGCUUUUGAUAGGAGUGUUGUUUGUUUGUAUGAGAAUUGGAUAUAUUUCUGACUGGUUUUGCAUGAAGUUAAGACCCGGAUUCUGCUGUCAAAGACGUGUCGUAUGUUCAUGUUGCUUGAAGCUGUAAUAUAUGAGAGCAAUAUAUUCUUUGAGGGUCUUUGUGAUGCGUC